CCUUCUCUCUUUUACACAUAAUGGAAGGAUUCAUCUAUCUUGGUCAUGCUAAUGUGAUUUUGGUUUCAGCUGCGAAUCGUCGUCUCUCUCAUCUUCCUCCUAUUGCUUGCUCCAGAGAAAUCGAUCAGGAAGAUGAUGUUUCUUCUUCAGAGAAGGAGAGCAGAGAACUUCUACCACACAAAGACGAUGAGAAUGCAAGCACUUCUAGCUCUUCUUCAUCAGUAGAUAGUGGAGGCUUGAAAGAUUAUCAACAAGAAGAAACAUACAAAACUUCCUUCAAGACUGUUGCCUUGUGUGUAGGCACUGCGGUGGCAUUUGGAAUCGGAAUAGGUUUGAAGGAAGGUGUUGGCAAGGCAUCAGAGUUUUUCGCAGGCUAUAUAUUGGAGCAAAGCUUGUCAGUGGACAACUUGUUUGUUUUUGUUCUUGUUUUCAAGUAUUUCAAAGUACCACCCAUGUAUCAGAAUAAGGUACUUACCUACGGUAUAGCUGGUGCUAUUGUCUUCCGUUUCACGCUCAUAUUACUAGGAACAGCUACUCUUCAGAAAUUUGAAGCAGUCAAUCUACUGCUUGCUGCUGUACUCUUGUAUUCGUCUUUCAAGUUAUUUGCAAGUGAAGAAGAUGAUACAGAUUUAUCUGACAACUUCAUUGUAAAGACAUGCCAGAGAUUUAUUCCUGUCACAUCAAGUUACGAUGGAAACCGGUUUUUCACAAAGCAUGAUGGCAUUUUGAAAGCCACACCAUUGCUACUUACAGUAGCAGUGAUCGAGCUCAGUGACAUAGCAUUUGCGGUUGACUCGAUACCAGCUGUUUUUGGCGUCACAAGGGAUCCUUUUAUUGUCUUGACCUCUAAUCUCUUUGCAAUCCUAGGACUAAGGUCUCUCUAUACACUUAUUUCUGAAGGAAUGGACGAGCUAGAAUACUUGCAGCCAUCAAUAGCAGUUGUUCUUGGCUUCAUAGGAUUCAAGAUGAUCCUUGAUUUCUUUGGCUUCCACGUAUCAACCGAGGCAUCACUUGGCGUCGUGGCUCUUUCUCUCAGUACCGGAGUACUGUUGAGCCUAACAAACAAAUCCAGCGACAGCUAACUAAGAACUGAGAGCUGAGAACAGAAUCCAGAGGUAUCCAACCAAACAGUUCAUAAGAAUAAAUCGCAUUGUCCAUC